UUUAUAUGUAGUACAAUGGUAUAAAGUUGCGUGGGUGCCAAUCGACACAGUGGGUUGUAUGGAAUUACCACCGAAACAUGAACACCCAAAGUGACGGCUUUUAGAGUAAGAUACGCUUCGUAAAGCUUCUGAAGUUUAGUAAUCCUACAUUUGAUCCGGUUUUACGACGAAUUUUCUCUUCUCUCUCGACGACGGUUUUCGCGACGACCACCAUUUUUACUCGUAAUUUUUUGCCGCGGUUAUGCAGAGCUUAGUACGAAAAUAUUGAUAAAAAAAAAAAAAAAAAAAAAAAAAAGGAAAAUAAAAUUUCCAACAAAAUUCAAAAUCGCGUGAAUUUGUCAAAAUGACGCCCGGGGCAUUCGGGAAUUUGUUAUUAAUUUUCGGAGCGUUUAUACCGUUGUCGGCGGCGAUUUUGAGUGACGGCUCGUAUCUGAUUUCGAGCGCGACCAGGCCACCGAGAUUAAAGCAUCCGAUGGGUUACAGUGAUAACGGCGGCGGCGGUGGCGGCGGCGGCGAUGGCGGCAAUCCGGCCGAUGGCCAUGGCCAGAAAUCAUCAGCUUACAGACAAUCACCGACUCGCGCCCUCCAACAGUCUACCAAAUAUACCGAUCUCGAGCAAAAAACUUGGUCUUUCGAUAAAAAACACAAUUUCUUCAACGCACUGAAACCGGUGGCUAGGAAUUUUCUGCUUAAAAAUCACGUCGUCGCUCAUCACGGCUUGCCGUCCUCGUCUUUAUCGUCGUCAUCAGCAGCUUCCUCAUCAUCGUUGUCGUCUUCUUCGUCGUCGUCGUCGUCGUCGUCGUCAAAGGCAGCGUCGCGAGAUAAACGGAAUCAUUACUCGCCCGACGACGAACCUUUCGCCAAUUACGACGAUUUGUUUUCGCAAAACGAAGUACAAGAUGUGGGCGAAAACGUCAUCGAAGAAAAUCCAAAAUUAUCUAAAAAUUUCAAUUACUACCCUUACAGAGGGAAGCGACCCUUCGAAGUUCCCCAAAUUGAAUGCCCUCCAGCCAGCGAUGGUAUCGAAAGAUUUGCCUGCCCAUCGCCGGAUAGUAUGGGCAGAUACCUGUGUAUAGACGAUCAUGUUCUAUGUGAUGGAUAUAUUGACUGUCCCAAUGAAGAAGACGAAGAUGGAAAAAAUUGUUUAUUUUACAAAACGACAAAAGCGCAUUUAGAUGUGUUAGCGGAUGCAUUAUUACGAUGGGCUCGAGGACGUUAACGCAGAAUGAUACAUCCAAAAGGAAUAUUAUACACAUCAUGUUACCAUGUCCAGAUAAAUAGUACGUUAAAGGUUAAAUAGUUAUUAGUGAAAUGCAUAUAUAUUUUUAAAUGAGGAAAAUAUUUUAUUUGUGUAACAAUUUUAAUCUUUUUUUUUUUUUUUUUUGUUUGUUUUCAUAAUCGAUCAUAACAUUUUUUUAACUUCAUUUUUUUUUGUUUUUUUAAUUCAACAGAAUGCCAAUGAAUUGUUUCUGCUCACUCGAAACCAAAAACAUUGAUUUCUAUUCCUGACAAAUUUUUGUUUGUUUUAGUGUUCUUUCUCAUUCUUUCUUUUUCCCCAUUUUUUUUUAAUUUUUGGUUUUGUUUUUUGUUACCUAAUAUUUUUUUUUUAUAAAGUAGUGUUAUUACCGUUAUUAUUAAUUUAGACGAUUUUUAAAACAAACGAUAGUUCUAAUUAACUUCUCCCCGUAAGCAAAGCAAUCGUUUAGAAAUUUAAGUGAUCGCUUAUUAAAUUCAAAUUUUCAUACGGUCGCGUAGCCGUUGAAAUGAAGAAAAAAAAAACGCGUUCAUUAUCGAGACAUUUUCAGGCGGGUUCUUGAAUAUUAAGGCGUAAAACAGUGUUCAUAUAGUACGUAAUAUAUAUAAAUAUUAGGAGGAAAAAGACGUACAAAAAGAGAGUGAAAGGAGAAAAAAAAACUAUACCGAAGAAUCAUCAAUUUCGCAACGAGACAGGCGAUUUUUCGGCAAUUUUACCAAAUGUGGAUUUUAAUGAUAAGCUAUUUUGUUUGCUCGGUUGUAAUCCAUCAAAGGGCUAUACUCGAAUGGAAAAACAAAUGACCUUUGCAUGUUUUUUUUUUUUUUUCAAAUUUAUUUUUCAACUUAUACGUUUUUAUAGGAGCAGGUUGGGAGUACGAGUAUGACGAGCGACGACGACGUUUGUCGCAGCUCGUUUUUACCUAUUAUUCGUAGUAGGUAUGUGAAAUUAACUCGCUAAAAUGAUCGAUACGGUGCCAUAAAAAUGAAUCAAAAAUACCGAACUAGCGAAUAUGACUGACGCUUUGAAUCGAGGGUAAUUUUUGUUACGUAUUUCAUUAUUAAAUAGACGCUGAAAUCGGAUCGACCCCCUCAUAAAUAUGUUUCAAAGCUAUACGAGUAUAUUUUUAAAAAGUUCAAAAGGAAAUACUUACUGAAGGCGAUGUAUUCGAGUGUUGAUAUCAAAAUGACCAAAGAAACCAGAAAUUCGUUGACGAAAACUUUCGUAGAAAAAAUUCCAAUAUUCAUCUGCAAUGAAAUAAGAAAAAAAAUCAAUUAAUGCUACUCGCAAUAUUCAAACUUUCAAGUUACAUAGGUAUUAGGUAAUAAAAAUACUUAAAUCAAUUUUUAAGAUAGUAGGUAAUUCAGUUCUCUAGUUUAUUUUGAAAAAAAAAAAAAUGAUUCAAACAAUCUAUUUCACAACUUGCCACAUCAAGGGUGGGUAAUUUUAUAAAGAAUUAAUAAUUUAUUAAUUCAUUUCAUUAAGUAUAAGUACACUAAAAACGCGAAUGUCUAAUUCUUUCAUGAGAGGAGUACUUAUGCAACUAUAAUUUCAUUAUACGUUGGAGUGGUUGCAUAUGGUUAACAUUUCAGAGGCUCGAGAUACAGCAAAUAUUCAGGGGACACUAUUUUAAAAAAUAUUAAGAAAAUUGAUUUUAAAAACGAGAAAAAUGAGCAUUCAAGUUAUUUUGACAACAAAGCGAGACUUUUAGGCAACUUUUUGGGAAAAAAAUUGAUACAGAAAAUUCAAAAUUGAGCAAUUUAAGCGAUGCUUUGUUUAAAAAUCUGGCAUUAUUUCCGUAAAAUGGUGGAAAUUAGUCCCGAAAUUAAAAAGUAUCAACUCCCUCGAGUUGAAUUUUACCAUGUCCGAUUAUUCUGGAACCUUCAGCAGUCCAGAACUAUUUUUGAUCCCCCCCUCCCCAUUUUGAAAUGUCUUCAAAAAGCAUGGAAAAAUGGCACCUUUACAUUUCACAAGAAUCCGCGUGACAGAAAAAUCUCAUCCCAAACACUUUCACGAAAGAUAAUGAAAAUAAGUCGAAUCGAACCAUAACUAUAUUAUGCCAGUUGGUGGUUAAAAUACGUCAAAAAUCCCACACAAAAAACUGUUGAAUGUUGAAAAAAAAAAAGAAAAAACUUUGUAAAAGUUUAUCAUCACUUCGCGAAAUUAGGAAUUAAAUUUUACCACCCAAAGUUACGUUUUACUUUGCUUCGAAUUUUUCAGCUAAUAGCUGGUUAGCUGGUACCUAUACCAAAACCUAAACCUAUCCAGCACACGUAUAAAAGUAUCACCAUAACACAUGUACGUGUCCAUUACGUACUCGGGCUAAUUCUCUAUUUACUUUUCGAAAAAGUUUUUCGUACAUUCGACGACAAUUUAAUGUUUUCUUAUUAACGUCCAACAUCGUUGUAAAAAGCUGAUGAUAUCGUAACGAGUUUUUCAUUAUUAUCUCGAAUUGCCUGUUACGUCUCGAAGAGGUGAUAUUUUUCGCGCCAACGCGCGUAAUUUUGAAAGAAAAUUAAAAAUGGCUCUUUAAAAUAAAAAAACCAACAAAAAAAACUUUCUAUCGUUAUCAUCUUUUUUUUUAAUUUCGCCGCUGGCAGAACUACAUCCAAUCAGAUAUUCGGUUUUUUUUUCAAGUGGGUAAAUUUUACACAAAUUACUUUUGCCACCGCGGUCCCUUUUUUUUUUACUGCUUCACUAAUAUAGGUACCUAACCAAUUUUAAAUGAAAAAAGUUUAUCUCGAAAGACGAUUUUUAUGAAAAGUUUGACUUUUUAAAACGUAAAAUAAAAUAAGAUACGAGUACAUAAAUACUCGUGUUUAUUGGUCUUGUUCUCGUAAAAUGCUUUUCUGAUUCAACUCCAUGUUUAAUCAGUGCAAAUUUUCAAUUUUCGUAAGAUUCCCAAAUUUUCUUUCUCAUUUUAAAUUUUUAAAUCGAAUUCAAGAUAGAGCCAUCAGCGAUAUUAUUUAUAAACAAAAUAAUAAGGACUAUAUACUAUUUCGUCGUAAACAUCUCGAUAAAAUUUAGGCAUGCGCACAAUGUUCUAUCAGCACUCGUAGCCUACAUUUAUAGGUGAAAAUCGUCACAUUCAUCAAUCAUCGUGAGGGACAAGGCGCCACUAGACCAUAUUCCAAAAACAGAAUAGGCAAGUUUUAGAAAUCCUUACGAGAAAAUAGUUCCAAUACCUACAUUAACAACAAAUGAAUCAAUAUUUCGGUACAAAUAAUCUGAAAAUAUGUUGAAACCUAAAGGUAUACCUACACCUAGAGUGGUAGAAGUUAUAGACGGCUCGAUAGAUAACAUCUAAUUUUAUCUGAGGCAAUAGCAACGUGACUAUUUAGUAAUUAAAUAAAUUUGACGUUGUUUUGGAUGAAAACACGCUUCGAAUCAACGGUCAGAACGCCCCACAAUAAAAUUACAGUCGUAUGAAAUGUAAUUAGGCUUUAAACGACAAACGAACGUCGCCAACAAAAAAAAUAAAUAAAAACAAAAAAAAAUAAUUUGAGUGAAGCUGAAGUCACAAUGACCUCAUUAUUUUCAAACGUUUUUCAAAUUGUAUAGCUAUUCGUAUGUACAUAGUAGACGUACGUAUAAAAUACUACUAGUAUGACACAUACAAUCAUAUCGAGUUAGGUAGGCCAAUACUAAUGUACCCUUAGUCCAUCAACUCUCGUAUGCUCGACAUGUUCGCCUUAAAACAAUUACAUUCUUUUAUCAUGGCAAAUAAUAAAAAUUACACAAGGCCAAACCAUCGUGUUUUCCCCACAAUCAGCAGCGCCGAAGCAGAAUUUAAAAAAAAAAUGAAAUAAGGAACUUUUCAAACGAUAAAAUGCGAAGGGAAAAUCAAAUUUAUUUUUAUCAUGUAGAUAGGUAGUAUAUCAACCAUCUCAAUUUCUAAAUUCACUCCUCAAACAAUUACUUGAGGUACAUUUGAAGAGUGAUAUUCCAAAACUCGCUUUGUCCAUUUUCACAACUUUUCAGGAAAGAGGAAAAACAGUUUCCCUUUAAACGGGUAAAUUGGCUUUUUAGGCGAUUUUAACACUUUAUUUGGGUGGAUUUAUGAGGUAGGAGUGUAAGUAUACACUUCAUCUACUAGAUACUGCUGAAAAAAAUUUCAAUAAAAAUGGACAAAGCGCGUUUUGGAACAUUAUUUUUUUUUAAAUUUUUAGUGAAUUGGCUAUUUAGGUGAGUUUAACACCGCAUUUUGGUAGGUUGAUGAUGUAGGAAUGUGAGUUAAUACUUCAUCUACCAGGUACUGCUGAAAACCCAACUUCGAUAAAAAUGGACAAAGCGAGUUUUGGAAUAUCACUCUUCAUUUUAGAAUUUCGGGUAUUUCCACCGUAAUAGAUCUCAUUCUCGAGCGUGAGAAAUCGUUGCUUUUUAUUAUCAAUCAAUCAAGCAACCAAUCAAUCAGUCGGUCACUGUUAGUAUGUACUCAAUUUUUUACCCAACUCCUUUUGAAAUGACCUAACGUUAAGUGAAAAGAGCAACACGUUUAGGAAAAAAAUAAUUUAAGAAAAAGCAUCAAAUGCUUCUAUUUUUUACCACCAACCCUUCUUGAUUUCCAAUAAGAAGUCGCGUGGUUCGUUUGAUCGCUUAAAAUCACUCAAAGAGAUUUUACUCAUUAAAAAAACGCCAAAAUCACGUUUUUACGAUUUCAACGAAGUAAAAUCUCAGAAUUUGGCCCAAAAAAGCUUAAUUUUGAAAGUUACAGGAAAAAUCAAAUGAAAAAUUAUCGAGCACUUGCCAGUGUGGUUCAAAAUGUAAAUUCUUCCAUUCAUUUGAAAAAAUUUGCUUUUACACCUUUUUUAGGGGUGCCUAAAAUGGGGGGCUCUAAAAAAAGGGUUCAAAAUUACGAAUAUACAGGUAGCUUAAUUAAACGUUUUCAUCAAGAUAAUUGAACAUAUAUACCUCAAAACGUUACGUUUGGCGCAAAUCGAAGGUUUCUAGUUUUCCAGGGGUUCCCAAAAUUUCGAAAUUGCGAAAAAAUGUAAAACUGGAUUUUUGGGUACCAGCGGAAAAUUAUAUUGAGCUCAAAAUUUGGUAGGAUGAAUGUCUUUCAGAUACUAAUAAACUGUAAAAAGCUUUUUACGGGGGCUCAAAGGGGUAGGUUCAAAAUGGUGGUUCCAAAAUUUUCCAAAAAUCAAAACCCCCCAAUUUCUGCCCACGAGGGUCGAAAAUAGGAAAAUCACCCCGAAAACGUUUAUCAAGUUCAAACAGAUAUUUUACGCUAAAAAAGUUUUUGAAAAUAAUACUCAGUGGUUCCUAAAAUUCUUUUUGUAAUCACAGCUUUGGGAACCCCUGGAGCCCAAAAAAUGGUCAUUUUGGGUUAACCAACCACCGAUUCGUAUUUUGGAUAUUUAUUACAAUAUUUUAAGAGUGGUCCAGUCGAUAUCUGUCGUGGGGCCAAAAAAUGGCCUUAUCGGGACUCCUCCUUUGAAAAAAAUCUAAUAGUACAAUAUAGUUUAUUUGGUUUUUGGGAACAUUGCACACGAAUAAAAACUAUUUUUUUGAUUCGGACUCCCCCCCCUUCCCCUCCCAAAAAAAACAUAAUAAACCGCGUGUCUCACGAUUUUUUCGAUUUUAAGGAAAGCUGUUGGACCAAUGAGUGGCUGCGUGGGGGGGGGGAGCGUAAGGUCUAACAAAAAAAUUAGCUCAUAUUCGUAUUUAACGCUCUCAAAAACGUAUAAAACAAUAUGUCACAAUUGUCACACAAAACAUAUUUUACAUUGUGACCAAAAUAUUGUGAGCCUUGACUCCCCCCCCCCCCCCCGGUGUUAAUCGAGUUUGUAAGUAUCAUAAAAAUGUAUGCUGCCUGAAAUUUUUUCAAAAUUCGAGUCAUUACUCCGUAAUUCAGCAAGUGUUUGAAAGUUGAGCUUUUAGAGAAAAAAACUCAAAUUUAAACUUUUGAAAUUUCUGGCAAGAAAUUUUGAAAUUAAUCUCAAUCGUCUUUGAAACGUUGCGAAGAGAUUUUCUCCAAGAUGCGUCAAUUUCGAGCAAUGGAACCCCAAAAUAGGGCAUUACGAUGAAAAGUUCACCCGCUGAAGAGUGUGGUAUCCCUUUUUUCAUAAUGUGAGAAACCUACAAAAAAAAAUGAGCGAUUUCGAGCUCCCCUAUAAUUCCAAACCUGGCUGAUUCCUUUUUCCGGAUACAUAAGUAAGUCUGCGUAGAACUCUUCGCAAUUUAUUCGAUGAAAAUUCGCUCGAACGUAUUUCAUUCGAAUCGCUCCAUUUUCUACCUUUCUCUCUCUUUUUAUAACGUGAAAAUCAAAAUCAAGAGAAUCAAAAUAUACGCGAACGAAGCACCCGCACAACAUGAAUUUAGCAUAGGUACUAAAUUUGAAUUUAAUAUCAACAUGGUACAUGAUGAAAACCUGACUGAUUUUUUUCCUUUUAGUUAUUUGAACAUAUAAAAUAUUUAUAAUAAUGAUAAUGAUUAUUAUUUUAUUUAUUAUAAUUAUUUUUUGUUUUUUUUCUUUUUUUUUUAGAAUAAGGCCUAAUUUUAAAUAUUAAGAAUAAUUUUAGAAAUUUCUUCUCUAUUUUCCAUUAUUUAUUUUGUUGUUUUAUACGUUAUAUCAGCGAUACCGCAUCCUUUUUUUACCGUACUGUUGUUAUUUGCUUGCUUAAUUCAUUUUUUUCUUUCUUCCUCUAUUUUUUUCUCUCCUUCUCCCUGUUUUUCUACUUCGUAAGUUGAAAAAAAAAAAAUGAACGAAUCGUAAUAACGCGCAUGAAUAUCAUUGGCAUUCUCGAGACGAAAAAUAAACCCCUUCCUUUCUUUUUCAUCCCCCUUUUUUUGAAGAAUAAAAUACAAAAAAAAAAAAAAAAAAAAAAAAAAAGGAGAAAAACUCCAACAACAAAGUACCCACGUAUAUAAGAUCUACGUCUACCAAUCUGUACCCCGAUUUUCUAAUAUUAUAACGCUUAAAAACUGAGACGAGACAACGUUUCAAAAUGGUAAUAUCCUAUGUAACAAUAUAAGAGCUUAUUUUUAUGAUUUAAUUUUUUAUUUGAUUUUAUCCUCGUUUAAAAGUGGAUCUUAUUUAUACCAAAGUAGGUAUCAACCCUAUACCAUAGCUCAAAGCGUAUACUGCGCAGCGAAUAAAAAUUAAUUUACUAUACAGAACAGCUUUCUUUUCGGAUAUUUUAUUCGAUCGAGCAGCGAAACUAUUUUGAAGAUGACAAAAAUACCCACCUACGAGUAAAAACGUAACUUUUGGUGAAAAAUGUCGAAAAAAUUGCCUUUGCGCGUUUUCAAGCAAUGAAGAGAGACCGCUGCAGGUUUUGUUCGAAAACAUUUUCAAGAUUAGCGAUGACCAACGCUUUGGAAAACAUUACAAAUUGAGAGCCAACGAGCAGGAGCAAUCGACGAGCUUCGUCGUCGCUAAAAUACACCGAAAUUAAAGCACUCGUAAAAUAUAAUUUUCCACGACCGUGUUAUCCUAAGUGUAAGCUUUUGUAGCCGCACUUGUGCGCGUGAAAUAACACUUUUAUCGACAAAUGAACUCAUUUCUCGAAGCUUUUGAAAAAAGGUGAGAAAAAAGGUCACCUCGUAUACACUUGUACAUAUCAAAGAAAAGAGCAAAUCCGAAAUAUUGCACAAAAAAUACGUCAAAGUAUAUAAAUUUGGUAGACAGCUUUAUAAUCGUAUGGUAAAGGUACUCGUUUCAUAAUAUACUACAAUAUACAUCUGCAUGCAUGUAAAUUGUAGUAAAGGUACAUACAAUAGUCUACACAUACACUCUGCAGUAUACGUAAACGUAUAGUUAUUUCAAUUUACCCUCUUGGUACAUGGAAGAACCACUUUUAAACGGUAUUACUGUGUUACAUAAUGUUUCUCGCACGCUACUUUUUUUAUAACAUAAGCACAAAGUGUGUUCUUGUUCCUCUUUGUAUUGUAUUAUUUAAACGGUCAACGUUUUAUGUUUUUGUUGUUCAUAUUACUUUUACGAAUAAAGCAAUUUUGUCUAACUUCUGCCUUCUUUUUAGUUUUCCGAUUUUUUUUUCUGUUCGGUUUAUUUUUUCCCAGUCGUUAGUGAUGAUCAUGUUGCUGUUGUCGUUGAUUUUGUUUGUUUUUCUCAAUUUUUUUUUCUAGUAGUUUUUUCUGUUUCUUUCCUAUUUUUUUUUUGGUUUUGUUUUUGUUUUUCAUGUUGUGGAAUGUGUAGCACGAAAUACUUUUAUUUUUUUAUUUUUGAAAAAUAUAAUAUGCUUCACGCAUCCUAUAUUUUAUAUUAUUAGGAUGGGUAUGAGUAAAAUACCAGUAGAUGUUUAUCGUAUUAAUCGUAUAAGCAGUACAAUUGACUUGCGGCUAUUAGAGAAUCUGUAGGUAUUACUACCACGCUGUAGUAGAAAUUUUGUAACAUUAACGUCAAAACAGCAUGAAUGACGUAGUUCGAUAAAUUUACCAAUAUUUUUCCUUAACCAAAGGUAUAGCGAAAAUUAUCAUCUUGUCAAAGUAAAAAGAAGGAAAAAAAAACGUAUAAUUUUCUACAAACGCCCAAUCGAAUAUUUUCCAGUAAUUUUUGAUUUGCCCCGAACGCGUCGCAGUUUGCUCGCAAUAAUACUUACACAUUUUUGGCCGUAACUUUUUUUCUUUUACAUAUUUUCAAUCGAAGAAAGAAAAUAUCAACCUUAGUCGUUUUCUUCUUCUUUUCUUACGCAGAUAACAAUUUUAAAUAUAGAUAAGACGCGUCACAUUCGAACGUAUUGAUCGAGAUUGCCCCCUUAGUUAAAAUCAAGCGAUCCAAAUUUUUCAACUUCAUGUAGCUUUUGAGCAUUCAUGUAUGAAUUUUCCAGUUCAAUUAAUUCGGAAAAAGUAAGAAAUUAAUCGAAAAGAGCCUCCUUGAAAAAAAUUUCACAUGCGUUAAAAUAAUGUUCCACAAAAAUAAACUAGUGAAAAUGACAACGAGACCAAGCCAUUACAUUUAAUUUUCACUUUUUUUCGAAGCUUACUUAUUCUGAUUCACUUAUAUGCAGUUAGGUAGGUAGGUAAGUAGGUAGGGGUAUCAAACGAACAGACAUCUUGUCCUUUUUAGUUAAUUCUAGGAAGUUUUUUUUUGAAAAAUCUUGGCACAUAACAAGUCCUUUUUAACUGAAAGUUCGGCCUUCGAGUACCAUGAAAAAGGAAGAGCCAUACAAAAGAUUCUUUGAGGAGGGGGAAAAAAGAGAUUUUUCAAAUCAAAUUUCCAAUAACAAAAUUUUCAAAUUCCGUUAUUUUCAUUUUCAACUUUCAAAAUUUUAAAAUAUCAGAAUCCCUUCUCAUGAAAACUUUCGAAACUUUUGAAAAACACACAUUUUAAGGGGACAGCGGAAGAGGGGGGGAUGAAAUGUGAUUUUUUGUAGGCUGAAAUAAAUUCUUACCUCGUGUUUUCUAGAUCGUUGAGUAAAAAGUUAGAAAUUAUUUCACUAACUUGAAGACAAAAAAAAUCGAAUAACAAGAAAAUAAAUUCCUCGAAAAUUAAUAUUUAUAAAUUGAAAUCGAGAUUUUGGGGUCCCGAUACCAAAUUACUUGGGUGGUUUAGGGCCCCCCGCUCCUCGUCGUCAUUUUCAUUCCAAAUUGCCAAGUAAAGAGAACGGGAAAUUCAUUGAAAAUCAAAAUAUACCUACCCGGAAAUGAAAAUCUAGGUUAUGAGAACGCUGAUUUCAACAGCUCGUAUUUCACAUGAUUUUACUCUCAACAUUAAACUGCGAGUCUCCCACCAAAUAAAGACCAGCUUCAAAAAAUGUUUAAAUCAUGAAAAUGUGAGUGUUUUUGGACAACCAAAUUUUUGAAAUUAAAAAAAUUAACUUCCAAGAUUCUAAAUUUGAGGGCAAAAAAACAGAUUGGCGACUUCGAAAACUUAUUUCCACACCUAGGUCGUCUUUUGUCACUUCUUAUUUGGGGACACGCUAAUUCUCGAAAGUUGUAAGUCCAUAAUUUUUUGUACGUUCCCCCUCCCCCCCCCACACCCGAAAAUAAUUGAUUUUCGCUUCAUCUGUUUAAAAAACUCUCUUCUUGUUCCAAAAUUGUCAAACAACAGUCUUGUUUUUUGCCUAAUAAGACGUAUGCCCAAGUCAAAAAGUGUCAAUUUUGAGAAAAAUUACAAAAAGGCAUCAAUUUUUGGAAAAAUAGUCAAGAAGUGUCUAUUUCAGACAUAAUUGUCAAAAAGUACUUACUUAUCCGUUUUAGUCAAAAGUGUCAAAAAGUGUCAAUUUCAAGUAAAAUUGACAAACAGUUCCGUUUUUGCCAAAAUUAUCAAAAAAUUCCAGUUUUUUGUCAAAAUUGUCAGAAAAAUGUCAACUUUUGGCGAGUUGACGAAGAGUUGUAAUGUUUUCUUCUAUCAAAAUUCUCAGAAAGUAUGUUUUUUCAUAAAAUAGUCAAAUGGUGUAAUUUUUGCCAAAAUUGCAAAGAAAUUUGUGCCUUUUUGCCAAAAAGUCCAAAAGUAUCGUUUUUUGCCUUCACUGUCUAAAAAAUGCCUUUUUUUUGUCAAAUUUCAUUUUUUCUCCAUUUGUUCAUUUUUUCAAUUUUUAUGGCAUCUUUUGUGUGUUUUUUUUUGUAAUUUCCUUCGGUGCCACUUUAGGGGCACAAAAAGACCUGCACCCAUGUUGAAAAUUGAAAAAUUCAACAGCAGCGUCAAAAUAAAAAUCUUAGCACCACAUGUAAUCGAAUUUUUCGAGAAAAAAAAAACAAUAUUUAAGACAUUUAAAAAAUGAAAGAUUAACAAUUCUCGCUGUUUCAAAAUCGAAGAGUGGAGAAUUUUUUCAUCGCAUAGUUGGAGGAAGACUUUCAAUUUCGUAAAAGAAGUAGCAUUUUCCUCAAAAAUAGCUCGCUUUUCUGCACAAUUUAUUACGAUAAAAUUCCAUCCUCAUUUCAUAUGAUCCAACAUUGAAAACAUUACACGUAUCAACCUUUCAGUUUUUUGAGUCGAAAUUGAGAAACUGACACGUGUUACUUUUUCAAUGCUUACAACAAAUUUACAGUCGAGACGAUCGUUUAAAAAUCUUACGUAGCAAUUAAAAUUGCAAUCAAAAAGUAGGAUAGUAAAAUUGACUCGAGUGAUAAAAUUGUUUAAUACUCGAGUUUAAGAUAUACUCCAUGGUCAGAAACAAAAACUUGAACCACAAGAAUUCUGAGAAUCAUUCCGAAGAAAAUGAUGAAGCAAAGUGCCAAAUCGUGAUUAAGGGUGCCAAAUAACUAUAGGUCAAUUGUCAAUUUACCAAAUGCUUCGUGUGAUGUCAGAAGUCAAGAUGAAAGGGUUGAUCACUGAUCAACGUUCGGCACCUGAGAUCAAUACGUAUUUCAUCCUUUUUGCCUCGAAUCCGCGAGCCAAAUUUUCAACUCGAAUCGAACUCCUUAAGCGAUACUUUUUCAAUGAAAUGCACCAUCAAGGUGUCAACCGAGUCUCCAGCAGUGGAAUAAUGCUCAAGGGGGGGGGGGUCGAUGAGUAGAUACACACAACACUAGUUCGAGUUGGAUUUCGAGCAUCAGGUCGCAUUAGAUUCGUAUGAAUAUACCUACUCUCACGUACAAAGAUGCGAUUAACUAUAGAUCUGCACACUUCAUUCAACUGUUUGGCUAUAUGCAUUUCCUCGCUGAACCGGAGGGAUUAGGGAAUUUUCACGUGAACAUUACGAUCGAGUGCGCAGAUUACGGAAUAUAUCAACAGAUGACGAAUAAAAACAAGUACCCGUAGAGUUAAGUACGUCAGUACUUCAGUUCGUCCAAUUGUUCGCCAUUCCAAAGUACUCGUAUAUAAAUGGUACUGUAGUUAGCGCCUUUACACCAACAGAAGCAUUAAAACUACAUAAACGAUGUUUUUCGUAAUGUCGUGUCACAUUUUGUACGAGUACGUACUACGUACUUCCAUCGAGUAUAAAAAUACCUCAAAUAUAGGUACAUCUGCAUAUUAUCGCGUCUCUAAUCUGUGACCAUAGUCGGUAAAUAAUUCAAUCGUUUGACGUAUCUACGCCAACGCGCUAACUCAAUAGGUAUAUAGGUAGGUAGGUAGGUACCGAAACCGAUAUCGAAUAGCUAAAACGUUAUAGCGAACCACUCGCGAAUUUAAUCCAUGUUUCAUAAUAGGUAUUAGGGGUAGGUCAGGUGGUCACUUUAAACCUCCAAUAUCUCUAAAAUGAGAAAUCAACUCGGGUAUCGCGUAUUUUUAAAACAAACACCUAAAACACACCUUUGUAAUCUGUUUUACGAUAUACUGUAUGUAGUUUCGAGCUUUUAAUUCCGCGAUAAAUAAUCUUCGAGAUGGAAUAAACCUCUACCAAUAUGCAUCCGCAGGUACGAAAAAGAUUGCAUACUCGGUCGUGAAAUGCAAAAUUAAAUCGUGGUUUCGUUAAUUUCCUAACUUGCUGUACAGGGGUUCCAAGAUUGUUUUCUUGGCGAGGACGAUGAAGAAAGCUGAAAUUUCAACUGCAUCCACAAUCAACCUGUAAUAAUACGUGGAUUUUUUUUUCUCUUGUCCAGUCGGCAUUACUAAGUACAUAUCUAAAUUCCCUUCUUGUCCCAAUACUCGAAGAACUUCAUCCCCUCGUCAUCAAUUGUCCGGUCCAGUUUGUCUGCAUCAAAGAUUUUAGUCUGCUCUCUGGUAAUUCGUUGUAGCCAUGCAUGGGGUGUAGGGGGUUGUGUGUUGCUUUAGUUUUUUCUGCUCUGGCAGCCACCUCCCUACGCACUUCCGGUGGUGUAAUCCCAGUGAGACAGUGCAGAGCUGUGAAUGGAGUUGGUCUGAGGCAUCCUAUCACCAAUUGGCAGGCUUCAGUUAGGGGCACAUUUACUUUUUUAGCAUGUGCUGAUCGUCCCCAUGCUGGGCAAGCAUAUUCUGCAACUGAGUAACACAGCGCUAGUGCUGAUGUGCGCAGGACCUGUGGUUUAGCUCCCCAUCCGCUACCUACCAGCUUUCGGAUCAGAUUUGUGCCAGCAGCCACUUUCAUUUUGGUUUUUUCACAGUGUUGCCUGUAGGUGAGUGAUCUAUCCAGUAUCACUCCUAGAUAUUUGGGGUGGUCAUUGUGAUUCAGUGCAGUAUUUCCCCAUUGGAUGUUGAGCUGUCUCUUGGCCUCGCAGUUUCGCAGGUGGAACCAACAGGUUUCUGUCUUGGAUGUAUUUGGCCUGAGAUGGUUGGCUUUAUAGUAUUUGUUGAGUUCUUUUAUUGCCUGAUUCAGAGUGUCUUCCACAUCUACAAAUGUGUUACACUGUGCUGUGAGCGCCAAGUCGUCUGCAUAAAGGAAGCGAUGUGCAGGUCCUCCGAUUGGUUGGUCAUUGGUGUAGAUAUUAAAAAGGAUGGGUGACAGGACACUUCCCUGUGUCAAGCCAUUCUUUUGCCUUCUCCAAGUGCUGUUCUUUCCAUCUAAAGUCACAUAGAACCUCCGGUCUUUAAGCAGUGUCGUUAUGAUUUCUGUAAAUUUGAAUCCCUGGUCAGUUCAUAAAUCUUGUACCAAAGUAACCGACGACACACUGUGUCAAACGCUGCAGUGAGGUCCACAAACACAACACCAGUGACCUUGCGCUAUUCAAAACCAUCUUCAAUAUGCUGUGUUAAACUCAGGACCUGUCCAGUACAAGAUUUCCCAGGUCUGAAACCUGCCUGCUGACUGAUUAGGUUCUUGUCAGUAUGCUCAGCUACUCGAUUUAGGACCACUUGCUCAAAUAUCUUAUACAGGUGGCAUAGUAACGAUAUAGGGCAGUAACUUUUAGGGUCAUUUGGGUGUUUGCCUGGCUUCUGGAUAGCAAUGACAUGGGCCUGCCUCCGUGAUCGAGGUAUUUUUGAUGUUUCUACACAGGUGUUGUACAAUUCCUGGAUUCAUGUAACAGUUUUUGGCCCAAAAUGCUUUAUCUGCUCCACAUACAUUUUAUCAACACCUGCUGCUUUUUGGUUUUUGGCUGAGCGUAUAGCUGCUGUGACCUCGGAGUAUGUGAACGGUGACGAAAAGUUAUUCACUUCCUCUGCUGAUUGAAGGCUAUUUUGAACCUUUUAGGAAUAUAUACAAAAUGGAAAAAUGUACAUUUCUCGUAUAAUUUUUCAAAAAUUCGAAAAUCUUAUUUUGAAAAAUUUUACCAAUUUUGCAAACUCGUCGUCCCGAAGACAGGCUACUAUAAGUCAGCUCCUCCUUUAGCUCCAACAGAACACCUGCGGUUAGGCAGCUUAUCCAAACGCUUAGUUUUUUUUUCUCCAAAAUAUCUCUAUUCAUCCUUCGAAUAAUACAUACACCGAUUCGGUAUAAACAACAACUGAUACCUCGCAUUAUGCACAUUACAUAUGCAAUACGAAAAGACUAUCCGGCAUCGAUUCCUCAGUUCCGACACAACACAACGAUCGAAUCCUCACGAAAUCUCCCUUCGGAACAACUUGGCACUUCUUCUCGCUCCCCAUUCUAAUAUUUUACGUCGGCAACAAAAAAGAAAGCAAAUUUCCAUAAAACUCGGUCAUAAAAAUAAACUCGCCCAUAAUGCGUUCGACAAAGCGGCAGAUUCAACCACCAAACGACAUUACACGAAACAGAGGUACACUUACACUUACUUACAUAUACCUGCCUGAGUGCCUGGUCGAGAAAAAUAGGUCACACGACGAAGGAAAGAGCGAAAGACACAAAAUUUGCAUCAUCGUUGUCGUAGCUAUACUUGCGUAUACCUACGUAUACAAUCAAAACAAAUACUAAAGACAGAAAGGCACUCGCGCACACACAAUUAUCGCCCACGACCACGAUGAUGGAUGCUGUAAAAAGUAUGGCAUAAUACAUAUCUCGUCGUAUCACGCGUACGCAACAAGAAAAAAAAAUUACACUCGCAGAGCUCUAAAGCCCCACGAGGAAAACUCUUUGAAAAGCUUUCUUCUAUAGACAAUCAACUUAAUUCGUGGCAAUGGCUAACCCUCUCUCGCUACAUUCGCAACUGCAUGCCGCCUUCUUUAAUACACGUAAAUCUAACGUUAGACGCAAAUUUGUCACCAUUGCUCGAGUGUUUGAUAACGUUAUACUCUUACAUUCGCAAUCGCAUCCCUUCGAGUAUAAAAUUAGGCAAAUUAUUCGACAUCGAUACGUCGACGACAUUUGGUAGUAAUAUUUUUCCUCAUUCAUACCGUACGUUACAUGUUACAUAUUCCAUUCCUUAUUUAAUCAUUCAACCUGCCUGGAGUGUGACAACAGCAACAAUGAAGACAACACAUACAUACGUACUACGAGCCCGCGAAUUUGGCUCAGCCUCGUUAUCUUAGGUACUCGAAUGCGCCCCAUCAACCACUAAAACACUCGAACAAAAUACAAAUAUCUAUAAGGUACACAAUGUUAUCAAGCUAAUCAAGCUUUUACGAUAAAGCAAGUCAGCAGUGUCAGCACAGCAUAGACGGCAAACCCUCUCCAAUUCCGCUAAGGAAGCGAUACUUAAUAUCUACGUAUACUUUUCGAAAACACAUUUUACAAUCCACACUGCCCCCACCCUCCCUCCAACAUAUGAACAUAAACUAGUUUGCAAUCCCCAGAAAUUGAGGGGGUGAAGUAACUAACAACUUGUUUCAAUUCCUCAAAGCUGCAGUUUUCGUUAAAUGCUACAGGUAGAUUAUCACGUCACAGAAUCACAAAGUGAAACAGAUACAGAACUAGCCCCAACUUCGUAACAUUGAAAGAGCUGCGAUUGAUUGAAAUUUUCUAGACGCUUUUGCGCUUACAAUUUUACACUGAAGAAGAAACAUCGCGAUUUCGAUUUUUUACCUUGUCAGAAAAAUGAGUUGAAAAUCUAUUCAAUUUUUUUUUUCAGAAAAUGAAAAAUCAAAAUUUGAAAAAAUGAACCGAAAUACACUAAACUCGGUAAGGUGGUGGUCUGGAACCUCAGAAAGCGGCCUAAUUUUUUUCAGUCCUCAAACUCAGGAUUUAGAGCCCCAAAUUUCAAAAUAUGUAUUGUUGAGUCCACCCCCCUCCCCCCAUCAAUGAGACCUAAAGCACCCCAGGGGUCUGAAAAAAAUCGGAGGCGCUUACGAGGUCCUCUUGGAAGCGUGUGCCAAGUUUCAAAAUUUUUCGUCAAUUUUUCGCGAUUUUGCUUUCUCACCUUGUCAGAAAAAAUGAGCUAAAACCUGUACUCCAUUUUUUUCAGGGAAUGAAAAAAUUGAAAUUUUGAAAAAAUUAACUGAAAUUCACCAAACUCGGCGCCAUGGUAGUCCAGGGCCUCGUUUUUGACUUUUCGAAUACAAUAUUGUAGUGAGACUAAAUUACAACACUUCACGUAGGUUACGAAAUUAGGAGCAGAAUAAAGAAAAAAGAAAAGAAAACAUCGAGCAUUUUUAGAAACCAACCACAACCCACUUAAGCAGAUAUUUAGGUGAUAAAUUCAUACCUAUUACACCAAUUCGUACUUCAAACUGUGCUUUAUGAAGUUAAAUCGACAAUCAUCGCGUUUCAGCAUUUCGAAUUCAUUUUAAUAAAUUUUUCAUGAUUCACACAACGCACCCGAAACAACCAUUGCAUGCAAAUUGAUUCUAUUACUCCUCGCCUUCUUCCUCUUCCAACACAAUUCAUACAACAUUGUAUUGCCAUUUAAUCUAAUGAUAAGUAAGUACUCAAAAGACAGCAUGCUCCAGUUUUUUGUAGUAUACGAGUAAUUAAUUUGUACAUUCAUUCAAGUAGAUAGUAAUAAGUAGUUAUGGUGGUGUUUAACAUACACGUUGUAAAUUUUUUUUUAAAAAACUAGAAAAAUCGCUGUAAUCCUUGCGAUAAAAAAAUACCGUAAAAUCAACAUCUCGUAAAAUUUUUCAAACAUUUUAAUCAAUUUAAUUGCAUGUUUUGAAAAAAAAAAUCCAACAAAAAUUAAUCAGAAAAUAUUGAAACGUAAGAAUUUAUGAUAUUUAAACCAUAAAAACCAGCUCUCAAAUAAAAAAAAAUUUCUUCAAAUAUAGAACUAACUACGAGUAUGCACAUUGCACGAAUAAAAGCUUCAUUUUUCAAUUUGCUUUUUGUUUUAAUGCAAUGUACAUACAAUUGUACAAAUGCAUACGCCAACAAUAAUGUAUUAUCCGAGAACGAGAGAAAAAAAAAUAAAAAAAAAAAAUCCAACAAAUAACUAUUUAAAUAUACCUGUCUUCCUUCUGUAUCCUUUUUUUAACCCCAUUUUUUCGUUGAUAAACAUUGUUUUUUUCAUUUUUUCCCUUUUUUGUUUUAUUUUCUCCAUGUUUAUUCUCUAAUAUUUGUGCGUAAUUAUAAGAUAUAUAAAAUAUUAACAUUGAAAAAAAAAAUUAAUAACAGCGAUACCUGUUUGAGGUAUUGUAAUGAUGUACCUACUUACCAAUACAUAUCACUUCUGAUCAAACGAUACAUAUCAUUUACAUAUCAGUUAAAUUUACGAAUAAUUUGAGUAAGAUUUCAAUAUACUUACUAUUUUUAUUUUGUUUGUUUCUAUUUGAUUUUAAGUUUUAAUUAAGUGUAAGUUUUAAUCUUUAGGUGUGUAUUCAAUGUGAAAAAAUCAACUUUGUAUUAUGUAUUAUAAAUACCAGAAAAAAAAUCGAAAAAAUUGUAAUUUACAAAAAAAAAUUAAUAAACGGUAUUUAUCAGUGUUAUUUAAA